GAGGUGGCUCCCAAGGAGCAAGCCAAAGAUAAACACGUAGCCAGACGAAUAGGGGCGAGCAUUAUAAAUAUUAUAGAGAGGCUACCGUGAAACGAUUGAAAUGGAGUAGUUGCUAAGGUUAUAGGGAUUUUACCAGGCAAGGAGACGUCCGUCAAAUUAACCAAGGAGCAAGUCUUCCGCACACGUCGAGUUGUAUCUGUAGCUGAGUCCAAAAUGGUGCGAGCAGCCUUGGUGACUGCCACCAGUCUGGCGCUGACUGGGGCUGUGGUGGUGCACGCUUACCUCCUCAAACACCAAUUCUACCCAACUGUGGUCUACCUCACCAAGAGCAGUCCCAGCAUGGCGGUGUUGUACAUUCAGGCCUUUGUGUUGGUGUUUCUGCUGGGAAAGUUCAUGAGGAAGGUCUUCUUUGGACAGCUAAGGGCUGCAGAGAUGGAGCAUCUGAUUGAGCGCUCCUGGUACGCUGUGACCGAGACGUGCCUGGCAUUCACUGUGUUCAGGGACGACUUCUCCCCUCGCUUCGUCGCCCUCUUCACACUCCUGCUCUUCCUCAAGUGCUUCCACUGGCUGGCUGAAGACCGGGUGGACUUUAUGGAACGUAGUCCAAACAUAUCCUGGAUUUUUCACUUCAGAGUGUUAUCUCUCAUGGGACUGCUGGCUGUCCUGGACUUCCUGUUUGUCAACCAUGCCUGUCACAGCAUCAUUACCCGAGGAGCCUCAGUCCAGCUUGUUUUUGGAUUUGAGUAUGCCAUCCUGCUGACCAUGGUGCUGACAACCUUCAUUAAGUACCUUCUGCACACUAUUGACCUGCAGAGUGAGAAUCCCUGGGACAACAAGGCCGUCUAUAUGCUCUACACAGAGCUCUUCACAGGUUUCAUCAAAGUGCUCCUGUACAUUGCCUUCAUGACCAUCAUGAUAAAGGUCCACACCUUCCCCCUGUUUGCCAUUCGGCCCAUGUAUCUGGCUAUGAGGCAGUUCAAGAAAGCUGUUACAGAUGCUAUAAUGUCUCGGAGAGCCAUUCGCAACAUGAACACACUAUACCCUGAUGCUACUCCUGAAGAUCUGCAGGCCUCUGACAACGUCUGUAUCAUCUGUCGAGAGGAAAUGGUCACUGGAGCCAAGAAACUACCUUGUAAUCACAUUUUCCAUUCCAGCUGCCUGCGCUCCUGGUUUCAGAGGCAGCAGACCUGCCCAACCUGUCGCAUGGACGUCCUCCGUGCAUCCAAUAACAAUCAGACUCCAGCCCCUGCCCAGGCCCCGCCCCCUGCUCCUGCGGCCCCUGCUAACGCCCCCGCAGCCCCACCCGCCAAUGUGGCUCCAGGCAUGUUACCUGGCUUUCCUCCUGGCGUCUUCCCCUUCUGGGGUCCCUUCCCUGCAGUGCCUCCCCCUGCUGCAGCAGCUGCAGCUCCUGGUCCCACUGAAGCUCCACAGGGCAGCACAGAGGCCACACAGGCAGCUGGUACCAGCCAGCCCACCUCAUCGACCGCAGAGGCAGCUGCAGGCACUGCUGCUCCAGGAUCAGCAAUCCCAGGCUUCCCCUUCUCCUUCCCCCCUCCGCCCUUCCCCACUGCACCGUGGCUGCCCAUGCCACCACCUCCUCCCUUUGUGUCGUCAAUGCCUCCUCCUCCUCCGUCUCUGUCCCGGCUGUCAGAGGAGGAGCUGAGGGAGUUGGAGGCGGAGGGUCGGCGGGGCCUGGAGGCCAGGCUCCAGUGUCUCCAGAACAUUCACACUCUGCUGGACGCCGCCAUGCUCAACAUCCACCACUACCUCAGCACGGUCGCCACACUCACUCCUCCUCGGGCUGAGGGCAGCACUGGAGAAGCCAGUGGGACAAACAGCAGUGCUUCACCUCCUGCAGCUGGCAGUAGCACAGACAGUCCCAGCAAGGAGAAGGACUCUUCCAGCUCCGAGCAGGCGGACGAAGCUACCGUCUCCUCUCAGCCAGCUGACUCUACUUCUACUGCCUCGGACACAGAAAGAAAAGAGGAGAUGGACGAAGGAGCAGCGGCGGUUGGGGACGAGGACGGAGAGCCCAACGCUGCUGAGCUGAGACGUCGCCGUCUUCGCAAGCUAGAGACAUCAUCACCAUCAUCUCCACCCCCUCCAGACAACUGAUCCAUGCGUUCUGACUCGGACAUAUUGCUGCGGACCAACAGGAACUCUGAGCUGAUUGGUCGUUGCUUUGGUUCUUCAUCGCCUCUCUUCUGUCGUGGCUCUCGCCUUCCACAGGCUCAGGUUUCUAACUGUGUCGAGUUGGACUCAGGCUACCAGGAGACGCAAUGAUCGGUACCACUUAUCUGGACUGUUUGUGUCAGAAAGCAAUAGCAAGACUCUUUUUUUGUUUGUUUUUGUCACCUUUUCCCCCCCAGAACGACUACUGCAAUAAGAGUACUGCAGGUGUUUAAUGUAAGUCUAAUCAGAUGGAAGAGGAUUCUCAGAUCCAGUUGUUCGGUUGAUGUGAGUGAGACGGUGUUUGAUUUGUUUUUUGGUAGUUUUACUGUCGGUGAGGUCUUUGCCUGCACUUUGAUUUUUCUGUUUAAUUGAGCUUUCUUCAGUACAAAGGUGGUCCCAUUCACCACGUCAACAUGUUACACACAGCGCUUGGAUCAGUGUCAGGAUCCAGUGAAUUCAAAUCGAGGGAAGUCGAUCAACUGCUUUGGCUUUCUUUUUCUUUAACCUUCAUCACUCUGCUGUUGCCACUGCAGACGUUUGUAACAUACUGAUUUAUUUGAAUGUGUACAUACUGUAUAAAGAGUUUUAAUAGGAUGAUCUGUACAUAAUGCAGAAUAAACCGUUUGACUGAAAUGGCA